AUCGAUUAUUAUGCCAGCACUAGCACUGGUUGAGAUUCAGAAAAAAACGAAGGAAAAAAUUAAUAAGUAAAGCUGACAAUAAAUUCAAGACCAACUUCGAGGCCAGGAGCAGCAGCAGCAGAAGGAGGAGGAUCUGGGUGUAGCAAUAGAAAUAUUCCCCCAAAUUGGGGCCCCAGCUGAAGAAGAAGAAGAAGACGAAGUAGAAGAGACAUCGACGUCAAUCGACGAUGGAGGAGAAACGUAUUGCCGACUAUUUUGUGGUAGCUGGCAUGCCCGAGCAACCACAAUUGCUGCAAGAUAAUAUCUUCAAUGAUUCGGGUAGAUUGAGGGCAGCAAAUACAAUCGAACCGAUCACAGAUAUUGGUGUAUUUUAUCCAUUGCUCGGUGAAGAGAUACCAGAGGGUUAUGAGCUACUCGAAUAUACACCAACUGGUUUGCCAGCAAAUCUUAAUCAUGGCUCGGUGAGAACAACCGAAUGUUAUAUAUAUUUUCGACGUGGUAAAGAUCGACCACCAUUGGUGGAUAUAGGUGUCCUCUAUGAUGGCCAUGAACGUAUCAUGUCCGAUGCGGAAAUUGUGGCCGAAACUCCGGGUGGUCGGGUGGCCAAUGUGAAUAAUUCAUCGGCCAAAACAUUUCUCACAUAUCGUCGAGCACGGGCCGAUAUGCCCUGCAAUGAGUUGGUGGUCACCGAACUCUGUGUCAUUGUCCAGAGCAAGGGGGAACGUGCACCACAUGCCUUUUGCCUCAUCUACAAGACCCUCAAUAAGGGCUAUAUGGGUAGUGAUGUGUAUUUGUGUUAUAAAAAGUCCAUGUACCGUCCCAAGCAUAUUAGCUAUAAGCCGGAGAUCUUGCUACGAUAUCCCACAAUCGAUCACAAUGAUUUCCCAUUGAAUUUAUGCCCAAGUGUGCCGCUCUUUUGCCUGCCCAUGGGUGCCUCAUUAGAGGCCUGGCCACAUGUGAAUGGCACAGAGAAACGGAAACCGAUCAGUCCAGUCUUUAGUACUUUUGUCCUGACCGUCAGUGAUGGUACCUAUAAGGUAUACGGUUCGGCAUUGACCUUCUAUGAGGAUUAUGAUGAGUCAAACUUGUCGACGGACCAGCGUGAAAUAUUGGGCUGGGAUGAGGAAUUUGCUAGCCAGCAUUCUCUGCAUAUGAUCAAGGCUAUUUGCUUGCUAUCGCAUCAUCCAUUUGGCGAUACCUUCGAUAAAUGGCUUAAAUAUUUGCAUCGCAUGGUUUUGUACGGCGUAAAUAUACCCAUUCCGGUUGAACGUUAUAUAACCCAACUGUUGGAUGAGGUGCCAUUUCCGGCACCCAGCAUUCAUCUACAGCUAUCGAGCGAACCAAAGGAUCGAAUAUUGUUAACCCAACCGGAAGAUUCACCAUUGCCACGAAGUGGUGCUGGUUUCUAUAUGCUUCUACAAAAUCUCGGCACGGAUAACUGUUUGCAUGUCCUAUUAUUGGCGCUGACCGAACAGAAAAUACUCAUCCAUUCGUUGAGACCGGCAACAUUGACUGCUGUGGCCGAGGCCAUUGUUUCCCUGCUAUUUCCCUUUAAAUGGCAAUGUCCUUAUAUACCAUUAUGUCCUUUGGGUUUGGCUGAAGUGUUGCAUGCUCCAUUGCCAUAUCUAAUUGGUGUGGAUUCACGUUUCUUUGACCUAUACGAACCGCCCACAGAUGUCACCUGCAUCGAUUUGGAUACGAAUAACAUAAGCCUAUGCGAAUCGCAGAGGCAUUUAACCCCUAAACUAUUGCCCAAGCGAGCUGCUCGAUUGUUGCGUCAGACGCUAACAGAAUUGGAAAUUGUCAAACCAAUCACUCAUGAUUCAACCAAUAGUCUUGAUCGUGAUAUACGCAAACGGAAACGUGAGUUGGUGUUGGAGCAACACAUUCAAGAAGCAUUUCUACUCUUCAUGGCAUCGAUAUUGCGUGGAUAUCGCGACUAUUUGGUACCCAUAUCGAAGGCACCUUCAGUGGGUGCCACAGAUCCGAAUGCCUUAUUCCAGCACAAGGCUUUUCUGAGAUCACGUGAUAAGUCGCAUCAGAAAUUCUUUGAUCUGCUGAUGAAGACACAAAUGUUUAUACGUUUCAUUGAGGAACGCUCCUUCGUCUCGGAUGGCGAUCAUGGCUUAAGUUUCUUUGACGAAUGCGCCGAGAAAGUGGGCAGUUAUGAUGAGACGCCGGCUCAAUUGCAUUUGGUUGAUUGGGACAUGGGCCAGAGUAGCGAACGUACCAAAUAUAUAUUUCCACCGGACAGUGUCUCGCCAGCAGCAGCAGCAACUGGCAAUGGGAAUGGGAAUGGGAACGGUGUCUGUGCCUACAAUUAUACGAAUUUCACCCUACAACCGGAACUGUUGCAGAGCAAUCGAAAGACAGCAUUAUCCAAGUUUCUGCAACUCCAAUUGAAUGCCUCGCUAUCGCCGGGCUCACCCAUAGCACGGCGUACCAAGCAUGAGAUUAAGUUGUCACAGAAAAUGGCCAGUCGUUGCCAACAGCAUCCGGAGGCAUGGUCGAAAUAUUUAUUGGCCACCUGUUAUUCCCUGUACUUUCUUAUUUUGCCCUCGAUGGUAUUGGAUACGCGACAUGCCGGCAAGGAGCACGACAUUCUGCGCUCUGCCUACGAUGUCCUGGUGCGGGCAAGCAAAUUGAAGAUCACAUGUGAUGAGUUCUGCUAUCGCAUCAUGAUGCAACUCUGUGGCAUCCACAAUCUGCCCGUGUUGGCCGUUCGCCUGCACUAUCUGAUGAAGCGUUCUGGUGUCCAGCCGAAUGCCCUGACCUAUGGCUUCUACAAUCGAUGUGUUUUGGAAUCGCAAUGGCCCAGCGAUAGCACCACUCUCAGCCAAAUACGAUGGAAUCGCAUCAAAAAUGUGGUAAUGGGUGCUGCCCAGUUCCGCAGGGCUGGCAAGCGGCGACGUGCAGCCGCUGCCCAGUCCAAUAAGGUGGGCAGCAAAUCGUUGAGUGCUUCACAGGAUCAGAAUCUAAGUACGCUGGAAACUGUCGAUGGGCAAUCGCAUAGCAGUCUCGCCUCAUCCACUGGCGAGGGAGGCGGCGGAGCUGGUGGAUCCGGAGGCGGUGGUGGACAUGGCCUCUUGGAUUUCGCCUCAUUCGAUAGAUUGCGCAAUAAACUGGGAAGUAUUGUACGGCAAACGGUUACAGGGACUGGAGGCAGUGACUCACCUACUUUACCCACCGAGGCGGAUGUGGUUAAUAGCGCUGCUGGUUUGCUUAUACCAGGCGAAUCAAGUGCUCCACAUACCCCAAUUUAUGGUGGCGAUGCCGAGCUAAUAAAUAAGGCGUUGCAACAACAACAGCCCAGGAAGCAAGGCAUCAUGAGCAUUGGUGGCGAUGAUGAUGACGAAGACGAUGACGUCGACGUCGACGACGAAGAAGAAGACGACGAUGAUGAUGAUGAGAAACCGACAAAUGUCGUUGGCCUGGUAAAGUCCAAAGGCUACCAUGCUGAUGACGAUGAUGAUGAUGAAGCAGAAGAGGAUGAGUUGCCACAGCCAGAACUGGAUGAGGACGAGGAUCAGUUGGAUGAACAUGUGGCCGCUCAGAGAGCACGACAACGUGUCCAAAGUCCAACUAAAAUCUCGCCACGUACUCCGGUUACGCAAAACGAUCCACUGGGUGCACUCAAUGAGGAGGAGAUUGCCACUCCCACUCAACAGACAGCAGAGAAUAGCAAUGCCAAUUCAUCCAAUGCAUCCACCUUGAUCAAUAGCGCACUUUAUAGUGAUAAGCCGAUUCUCUUUCGUGGCCAACGCAGCGCCACCUUUGAUGAGUCAACGCAAAUUGGAAAGAGUAUGCACCGUUCGGAGACGAUGCCGGUGGCCAGUAGCGGUGUCACGCAUAGUCUGGCCAAUAUUGGCUCCUCAUUGAAAUUCACUUUCGGACGUUAUUCACCCGCACGAUUGUCCCUUAAGAAAGACUUGAAAUUGCCCGCCAAUAUAAUAGAAAAUAUAUCGAGCAUAAGUCCUAGUUUGACGGGCAAAAAAUCGAAUGAACUAAUUCAGGGAAGCCUGAGUAGCAUAAAAUAUGCGGCCAAUUCAUUGAGGGGAAAAUUUGAUGAGAUAAAGGGAGCCAUAUCAUCGGCAAAUUCGCCGGUUAAAACGAAUAAUGGACACCAUCAGCAUCCGCAUUCGCAUCAUCAUCACCAUCAUCAUCAUCAUCAUCAUCAUCAGCAGCACGAUCAGGAGGAGCACGAUGCGGGCACUGGCAUUGGCUAUGAAGAGGGCAAACUGAGACGGGUUUCCAGUGAUCUAGAUCCCUGGGGACGCCUAAGCGAAUCACGUAAAUCCAGCUAUAACAAUCUGGUGCCUCUGGGCGAGAAUAGUUCGACAGGUGCCUUACAUAUGCAUGCGUUUCCUGCGUUGCCGGAUAAUCUGUACAGUUUCACAGUCGAUUGCGCUAGCGAGCGAACUGAGGAUUGCGAUGUCCUCAUUCAAUUGACAACCUGCUCGCAAUGUCACAAUUGCUCAGUCCUUGUCUAUGACGAGGAGAUCAUGAGCGGUUGGACAGCUGAAGAUUCCAAUCUGAAUACAACAUGUCAUGCCUGUAAUAAGCUAACUGUGCCCUUCCUUAGUGUUCAGAUAGCACGACAGGAUGUUGGCCAAGACGAUGCCGUCAGCGGUGGCGGUGCGGGUGGAGAAGGCGAUGAGAAAGCCAGUCCAAAGUCCAGUCUUACGGUUCCGUAUUUGAAUCCAUUGGUCUUGCGUAAAGAAUUGGAGAAUAUCCUCACCCAAGAGGGCGACUUGGCAUUGAUAAAGCCCGAGUUCGUUGAGGAGCAUCCGAUCAUCUAUUGGAAUCUAUUAUGGCUUAUGGAGCGCAUCGAAAGCAAAACUCAUUUGCCGGAACUUUGUCUACCGACACCGAUCGAUGCUGAGGAAAUUGAUCCAUUGACCAAGGUGAAAACCGUUCACAUUCAAUGCCUGUGGGAUAAUCUCAAUUUGCAUAGCGAGGCCAGUGGUCCGCCUAUGUAUAUUCUGUACCGUGAGACACAGCCAACGAGCCCCCUGAUUAAGGCUCUAUUGACCGAUCAGGCGCAGCUGAACAAGAACGUCAUUCAGCAAAUUAUAUCGGCCAUACGAAUCUAUGAUCUGGCGACGCCAUUGAAACGUUUGGCCAACGAACGACACAAAUUGAAGAGCAACGGGGUGGAGCGUUCGCAUUCCUUCUAUCGGGAUAUACUCUUCUUGGCCCUAACGGCCAUUGGGCGAACGAAUGUCGAUUUGGCCACAUUCCAUCGUGAAUAUGCGGCGGUGUUCGAUAAGCUGACGGAACGUGAAUGUAAUAUGUAUUAUCGUAAUCAGGAUUUGCCGCCAUCGGCAUCAACGAUAUUCUGUCGUGCCUAUUUUCGGCCAUUGUUGUUGCCCUGACGUUCCAGCGAACAGGACAAGGCAACUGAGAAUGACGACCAAGUAAACAAGGAAUGAUGAUGCAAUGGAAAUAAUUAUAAAAGACAAGAAACAGAAAGAAAAGGCGACCAAAAAAACAAAUAACAAAUUUGAGAAAAAUUAACAACAAAACGCUUAUCACAUACAUAAACAAACAAAACACAUACACACACACACACACACAUACCUAAAUGAAAAAUUUAACUUUGUAAAUGACUUGAACUUACAUCCUAAGUACUUAAAUCAAAUUUUCUGUGCUACUUUUGUUGCGUUCGCUUUCUCGCUCAAAUUUUAAAACCACACUCACACAUACAUCUACACAGAUAAACUCCAAUUAUAUACAACGACUGGUUUCUGACAAUACACCGACAUACACAUAAAAACACUAUAUAUAUAUAUAUUAUUCUCUAUAUUCGCAAGUUCGAUUUAUUCGCUUAGCAAUUUGUUCAUUUCAUUAUUUUACAUUCUACACUAAAUUCAACUUUGACCCUCGUCAUAUUUGCCUUAUUAUAUAUAAUAUAAACGCUA